AAUAAAAACAAUUUUUUUUUUUAGCCGACAUUUUUUUUUUUGUCUUUUUUCCCCCUUCUGUUAUAAAAAAAAAAAACCUACAUGUCUGCUUUUGUACCAGUUAAUCCUAAGCCUUUUCUUAAUGAGCUUACCGGUAAGCCUGUUGCUGUCAAAUUGAAGUGGGGUAAUGAAUAUCAUGGUUAUCUCGUCUCUGUUGAUAAUUAUAUGAACCUCCAGUUGGCAAACACAGAAGAAUACCAAGGUGGUAUUUCCGUCGGUACACUUGGUGAAGUGUUAAUCAGAUGUAACAAUGUUCUUUACAUUCGUGGAGUGGAUGACGAUGUCAAAAUGGAAUAGAUUUUAUAACAAGCCGAUCCCCAAUAUACACUGUUUAAGAAGAAUAAAUUUACUAGUAUGAAAUCU